CCCAGAUCGGCCACACCCCCUACCUGUGACCCCUGCAGAGCCACAAGCCUCAACCAAUCAUGUGCAACCCUGUCCUGCCACACGAGCAGUUUGUAGAGUACCUCAGAAUACAGGAAGAAAGUGAACUGAGACAGAAAGCUAAGAUUGCUGAACUGAAGAGGAAACUGCAAGAGAAGAAGGCAACACUGGAGAAGGAAAAGGAAAUGGAGGAGCAAAAACUGAAAGAAAACCUUGCCAAGAUUGGGAUAGACAGAAGAAAAGAGAUGGAAAUGGAGAACACAGACAAUUCUGAAGAACUUGAAAUAUCCAGAGUCCCAGGAACUGGAACCAAUGAGAUUCCAGAUAGCAUGGUUUCCAUGGAAACCGAAGAGACUGAGGAUGCUGUUGUCAUGGAAACAAGAAGUAUGGAUGAUAUGCAGAAGGGUGAAGGUCUGGGGCGUGGCAGGGUGAAGGUUGCCAAGGCAACAAGGGAGGAUGAUGAAGAUGAUGAUGAUGAGGAUGAAGAUACGGAGGUGGAAGUUGAAAAGGAAGAAGAAGACGAGGAUGAAAAAGAAGACAAUGACAUAAUAGAGGCGUUGGAGUUGAAAGAACUGAACAAAGCUCUUAAGAAACUCCAGAAAACCCUGCUGGAGGCCAUGGAGAAUAGAGUAAAGGAGGCCGAGGAUGCUGGGGCUGACAUAGACAUUGAAGAUGUAGAUGAGAAGAUAGAGAGUCUGAACCUUGCGGAGUCCGUUGACCCCGGUGACCUGCGGACUGUGGUGAAGCAAGCCGUGCAGGACAGGCUGCAGAAACAGGAACCUUCCCAGGAUGCCGCGGGGCAGGAAACUGAGGAAGACAACACAUUAAGAUACACAUCCCAGCAGGACGGAGACAUGACUGACAGUACAGAAGAUGAAGAUGAUAUAGAUGAGGAUGAGGAGGAUGAAGAAGAGGAGGAGGAUGCUGAGUUUGUUAAGGAGUUUGAGGAGGAACUUGGCAGUCUCAAGCACAAGUCCAGGCUGUCUAAGAUGACGGAGAAAGUCCGACAGGAGAUGACCAAGCAGUUUGAUGACAUCAUUGAUGAGGCAGAGGAGGAACUUGGCACUGAAGAGGGCACAGACCCGGGGGUGGAUCGCAGCGAUGCGGCCAGGAAACUGGCAAACACCCUGAACAAACUUCUGGAGAAGAUGGAGAAGAAAAGUUCCCCAGAGACAAAGGGGGAGGGGGGCGAGGGGGAUGCUCUGGAGGAAGAGGAAGAAGAAGAGGAUGAAGAGCCACCCUUCUCCACCCCCCCACCAAAACAGGACCUGAGAAGCCGGGAUCAGGUCAAAGUUCGCGUGACGAAGAUUCAGCUGGGCGACAAGGAGCGGCUGCAGGAGAACAAGGGGCAUGAUGGGAUAUCUGCUCAGGACCGCAGGAAGAUGGAGGAAACUGUGAAGGAAGAACUGGAGAAGGCCGGGAUGAAGACACAAGGAAACAUUGAAGUGAAGAUCAUCACCACUGGUUACUAUGGUGAUGAUGAUGAUGUCCAUCUUCUGGGAGAUGAGGAGACUUCGUACUUCAGAGAGAUGAUUGUCACAAUGCUGAUGGGAGGAGAGGAGGCCCUAGCAGAACAGAGAAGACAACAACAGUUAGAAGAGAACUACAGAUUCAAGUUUACUCCCGCUCCAAAAGAAGUCCUCUCAGAAGCAGAAAGCAGUAGAACAGAUACUGAGGACACUGAUAAAUAGCUAAACCAGACCCUUCUAAAUUUUUGUAUAUGAAAUGUUCAUGUCGGUGUAUAUUGUAUAUGUAGGUCAUAAGUAAAUGGUAAUCGGUACUAUUAUUAGCUGUCAACAAUGUACAGGACUGGUACAAAUUACUGUUAGAUACAAGUUACUGUUUACAGUAUGUGAUAAGAUAUAACAAUGAUUUUCUGCCCACCAAGUUUGUAUAUUGUACAAAGAUAUCAUCCUAAUAAUAGAAAGUUACAUUCGGCUUACAGUUGUAUUUGGUAGGGAUUUCUGAGAAUUUCACAUUUUGAUGCAAUGCAAUGAUUUCCUUCAUACUGUCUGUAACAUGGGGUUCCUUCACUUAAAAAGUGUGGUUA